AUGUCAACUAGCACAACCACAUCGCAAGGUCCCAAGGUACUGCUCACGGGCGUGUCCGGCUUUGUAGGCUCGCAUGUGCUCGACCAGCUGCUCAAGUCGUCCCGCAGCUACCACGUCACCUGCGUUAUCCGAUCCAAGGCGAAAACGGAGCCAUGGCUAUCGAGGCAGUUUGCCGCUGGUUUCCAACAGAACCGUAUCGAUGUUAUCGAGGUCUCCGACCUGUUGGCCUCCGGAUGCCUUGACAGUGCUGUCGAGGCCAAAGACUACAUUGUCCACGUCGCUUCUCCUUAUGUGCUCAGUGCCAAGAACAACAAGCGCGACAUUAUCGAUCCUGCUAUCAAAAUGACGCAAAACGUGCUCGACGCCGCUCUGAAAGCCGAAAACAAGGCCAAGGCUGCUGGCGAAAAGCCCAAACUGAAACGUAUCGUCGUCACCUCUUCAUUUGCUGCCAUUCUCAACCCAUUGAAGGGCAUCGAGCAACGCGACUACACUUACACGGACAAGGACUGGCAGCCGAUCCAGUAUGCUUUCAUGGGAAUGUUCUACUCUCCUCUCGCCUACCUCAUCUCCAAGACGCUUGCCGAAAAGUCGGUAUGGAACUUCCUCGAACAACACAAGCCCAGCUUUGAUGCUGCUACCGUCAACCCACCGAAUAUCUAUGGACCCAUUAUUCACGAGGUCAAGUCCGAAGAUGCCAUCAAUACCUCCUCGGCCGAGCCUUGGAAGCUGUACAAAGCCGGGGGGCCUAAUGGCGAUGGUAAAGUGCCUGCCGAAGCCCUCUGGUCCUUCUGCGACGUACGUGAUGUGGCCAAGGUGCACGUUGCCGCGCUGGACAAUCCCAAGGCGCACAACACGCGCUACCUUGCGUGCGGUGGAAGCAUCUCGUGGCAAGAGGUGGCGGACGAGAUUCACAGCAACCCAGAAUACCCACAAGAACUUAAGGAUCACAUUCCACGCGGUACACCCGGUCAACGACACCGUCCUAGCCCCCUGGCUAAGCUCGACACGAGCCGGGCCGAGAAGGACUUGGGAAUCGAGUUUCUCGACUGGAAAGAGUCGGUCAUCAAGGGGUCGUUGUACAGCUUCAUCGAGAUCGAGAAGAGUUGGGGUCACCAGUAA